UCAUACUUUGACAGUGACAUUUUAUAUGAGAUUAUUUUAUGUGAUAAAUUAAACCGAAUGUUAUUUUUUAAUUAACGAAAGUUUAAGAUAGAUAUUUAAAAUAAUUAAGUGUUAGGUGCCUUUUAUAAAUUAAUUAUGAAUACUUGUACUGUUCCCACACCAGCAGUGGAUAUUCAUGGCGAUGAUCGAUGGAUGAGUAUUCAUAAUCGUUUUCUUCAUGAAACUAGAGAGAAAGAUCCCGAUGUAAUAUUUAUUGGUGAUUCAAUUUUGCAAGCGAUACAGCAUACAGACAUUUGGAAUGAAUUUUUUGCACCGUUACAUUGUUUGAAUUUCGGUAUACAUAGGGAUCAAACUGAAAAUGUAUUAUGGCGAAUCAAAAAUGGUGAAUUAGAUAAUGUGAAACCAAAAGUCAUCGUAUUACAAGUAGGUACUAAUAACUAUUCAAAUUCAGCAGAGGAAAUAACUGAAGGUAUUUUUGAAAUUGUCAAUGAAAUACGCAAUAAGCAUCCAGAAGUUUAUAUUGUUUUGCCUAGCUUAUUGCCAAGAGGUCAACAUCCUAAUCCAAUACGAGAAAAAUUAGCAAAAACAAAUGAGUUAGUUAAACAAAAAGCUCAAAAUAUGCCUCGCGUUGAGUUUGUUAAUAUUGAUAAAGGAUUUGUUCAACCAGACGGAACAAUUAGUCAUCACGAUAUGCAUGACUAUUUAUUGCUUACAAACACCGGUAGUCGUAAAGCUUUCGAACCGGUUUAUGAACUUUUAUUACAAUUGCUUAGUGAAGGUGAAGUUGAAAAAGAUUUAACUCCUUCAGAAUAAACUUUUCGUUACAGUGAUAAAGUUAAACAAUCAUUACCUUUGUAUUCGUAAAUGGUGUGUUGUAUUGGAUUCAAAUGUUAAAUGACUGUAUGGAUGAUUGGGUUGCGACGAUUUUUGCUCAACACCGUAAACAUAAUUGAAAUAUUUUCAAUAAACACUGUCAGGGAUUUUUAAUUCAAAAAUUUAAUGUAAGGAUGUAUUUAUUACGCAAAAAAAUCUUUUUUUCUCUUCAAAUUAACUUUGUUCCAAUCUACUUUUUAAAAGUUUUACGAACUUUUUCAAUAUUGUAUAUAUUAUAUAUUAUUUUGCACGGCUCAUAGUAUAUCUAUAUUUUAAUUGUGGUUUUUGAGUGUAAUUUAUCUCAAUAUUUAUUUCUGAAGAAAUUCGGAAGAGUUAAUGAAUUGAAAGGAAAAAUAGAACAAUUUAAAAUCGAAGAUUAAAAAAACGAAGAAGAUUCAAAGAUUGUUGCCCGCCUCUUUCAUGUAAAACAGAAUUUUAUAUAUA